AUGGUGCUCACCGCGUUGUCGAUUGAUCGCUAUAUUGCGGUUUGCAAGCCAACCCUAGUCUGGAUGCGCCAGACGCAAUUUGCCCUGUUCGUCGUGCUGGUGUGCGUCUUGCUGUCGAUGACGUUCAUCGUUCCCAUCGGGGUUCAUGCUAAGAUCGAAACGAUGCCGUUGACACCAGUGGUGCUAGUUGAUAAAUGCACACUCCGGAUACGCGGGUAUUUCGACUUGGCGCAGGCGAUGGCUUGUUUCGUGCUCCCACUGAUGCUCAUCUGCUCCGUUUACACGGCCAUUUUAAACAAGCUGUACCGUCACACCAGAAUCUCCUCGGUCGGCCGAAAGACCUCCAUCUCGCUGUCAAGAGUCGUCAAAUGUUCGGUGAUGGUGGUCGCCUUCUACUUCAUCUGCUGGACGCCUUACUUUACCAUGCAGCUGCACCACUCGCUCGCUGGAGACCUAAUGGACGACCACGAGACUGAUGACAACUCAACGUCAUCCUACAGCCCGCCCCAGAACCACACCCAAACGAAUCGCAUCGGCGACGAUCCCCAUCAUACGAAAUCCCCACUAAACAUCAGUGCCGCAGUGACAACUUCGGCAUUUGAACGUGAAGAAAUGCCAUCAGUACCGAUCUUCCUUUUCUACAUGCUGCACGCGCUACCGUACACCCAGAGCGCGUUCAAUUGGCUGUUUUAUGCGUUUUUGAACAGGAACCUUCGGAAUUCUGGCCGUACUGCCAAUGGCGUCAGAAGUACAGCGAGCACAUUAAUAGCAGAUGGUAACAGCAAUGGCAGUGCGAAUGGAGCGCCGCUAUGGAAGAACAUCCAACAGAUGGGCAGCCACCUAAAAGCCGCAGGGCUUGACACUGGAAAUUUGCUGCUGAAGAAUUCGCCCUUCAGGACGAGGGUCAAGCGACCGUUUAGGAGCGCCACCUACCUCGAGAAGCCGACCACUCUACUCGGAUCCCACAUUUUAACGGCGAUGAAACAUCGUCUGAUCCUCGGCCUGCUAUUUGGGCUACUGUCGUCGGCCGGCGCGUUGUCAGGCGGCGGCUCCCACGACCCAGAUGUCCCCCGACUCAAGGCAAGCCUGAAAGCCAAGAUCGAAAAAGCGCUCCAGAGAGCCGCUCACCACCUCGAUCAGGCCGUCGACGAGGUCGAGACCCCGAUCGAUGCCUCCCUCCUCGAGUCCGAGACCCUCCGCCUCGUCAAGGAUUUUGAGAACGAGGUCGACAAGUUCAGCGACUCGGACUCGGAGGAGCAAGAGCAUCCGGAACCCCGACGAAAGCUGAAGACUGAUGAGACCGAUGCGCUGACGGAAGUGCCGUUUGUGAUCCAACCAACUGACGCGGACCCGGUUUUGAAUGAUGAGAGUCCAUUGGUGACCCCAACGGUUGAAUAUGAGGAGAAGAGGUUCGACAUGGAUUUGACAAGAAAGCCCAAGGUCCCGAUUGUCGUGGACGAGGCGGCGACUAAGGUUCCAGAGUCUUCGUCGGCACCUACAGUGGCAACAAGUGGUGGCAUCUCAACAGCAGUACCGACCGUUGCGGAAGUGGUUUCAUCACCCGCACCUGCAUUUGAGGUAACCCAAGGAGAGGCCUCCACAGCUAUGCCGACAGUUCCACUAACAGCGGCCCCUACAAUCGCUACAACAGCAGCGCCAAUAGUGUUUGAGAACAUAGCCAGCGGGGUCGUCGUCACCUACGUCCCAACUGCCGUGCCAGCCCAGUUGAGCCGUCUUGGACCGUUGCCAUCACGCAAGGGCCGUAUGAGGGUACGCGCGGCU